AUGGAUAGCUACCAAGGGGACCGGUCGCGCUCCCAGUCGCGGUCGAGAGGCCCGACGAACGGGCGUGCCGGCUUGUACCGAAUGAGUUCCAACCACAGCAGUCAGAGUGUCUUUGAAGAUGUCGACAUGUCCCAAGAUGACAUGUUCUCUGGGCCUGUCGCGGAAAGUUUACCCACAAGCGUGUCUGCAUUUGCGCAUCGCCGCGGCCGAGCCGAUUCUACAGCAAGUUUUGCCCCGAGUUUUACCUACUUCAAUGAGGACGAGGAGGAGCCACAGGUCUACGACGAGGACGGUCGCCCCCUAUACGAGGAUGACGGCUCGGCCGCAGUGGAUAUCGACGACCUCCCUUUUGACAUCCCUUUCGCCGUCGAAGCCGUCGAUGAGGACGACGAGGAGAGUAGUUCUGCCGCCGAGAUGGAGAGUCCCCAUGAAGAUUAUGCUAUGCACCGAAGAUCCUCGACCAUCUCCCGAAGCUCGGUUCAUGCCAGACUACUACGAACCGAUAGUGGCCGUACCGAUCAGAGUGCCCGGGAAGGUCGCAUCACCCAGAAGUUGUACAUGGUCAACGAGGAUCUCACCAUUGUCAUUGCUGGGUUCCGCACCAGUUCUAUAGGCUUUGCCCUAUACAUACUAUUGUGCACUGCAACUUUCGGCGUCGCGUACCUGCUACUGCGUUGGCUUCCGCGCUGGCAGGUAAAGCUGACGGGAGAGCCCUGUCCUCUACACAGCAGUCAAUGGGUUGUACUGGAAAACCAAUGGGGAGAGAUGCAAAUCAUCAAUGUGUCUGCCCGUCCAUACGACCGCCCGCUAUCUACCGUCUUUGGUGCGCCCGAAAAGCUUUCCAAGUUCAUGUCGACUCAAAUGCUCGAUGACGACAGCGAUCCAUAUAUGACGGAGUUGCGCAUACUGAACUAUCGCUAUGUACGAUUGUUCUUCCAUCCCCUGAAGGACAAAUUCGUCAUCUGCAAUGGAUGGAAAGAUCCAAAUUGGACACACGUCAGAACGCUUCGUGCCGGAAUAGACGGCGAGGAGAAGGAGCAGCGUGAAUACGUCUUUGGUUCCAAUCUCAUCGACAUCGAGCAGAAGUCAACACCACAGCUGCUUGUUGACGAGGUCUUCCAUCCGUUCUACGUCUUCCAGAUUGCCAGCCUGGUUCUCUGGUCUUUGGACGAGUACUACUAUUACGCCGUUUGUAUCUUUGUCAUGUCGGCUGGUAGUAUCAUAGCGACUCUCAUUGAAACGCGUUCUACAAUGAAGCGGCUACGUGAAAUUUCCCGCUUCGAAUGCGACGUCCGUGUUCAGCGCGAUGGCUUCUGGACGAAUGUCUCGUCGAGUGACCUCGUUCCCGGAGACGUCUAUGAGAUUAGCGAUCCGAACCUGUCACAGUUCCCCAGCGAUAGUCUUCUCCUGAGUGGAGACUGCAUCGUCAACGAGAGUAUGCUGACAGGUGAGUCGGUUCCUGUAUCGAAAGUCCCCGCCACGGACGAGGUUCUCAGCGUCAUGAACCUGGGAGCCACUUCUGUCUCUCCGGAAACUGCCCGUCACUUUUUGUUCUGCGGUACCAAGAUCAUUCGGGCCAGACGACCACAGGACCACGGGGAAGACGAAGGCGUGGCGCUUGCGAUGGUUGUCAGAACCGGCUUCAACACAACGAAAGGAUCUUUGGUUCGGUCUAUGCUGUUUCCCAAACCUUCUGGCUUCAAAUUUUACCGCGACUCUUUCCGGUACAUCGCCGUCAUGGGUUGUAUCGCCAUACUCGGGUUUAUCGUGUCUUUCGUCAACUUCCUACGGCUUGGACUGGCCUGGCACUUGAUAGUUGUGCGCGCCCUUGAUCUUAUCACCAUCGUUGUACCACCAGCACUCCCAGCCACGCUGACUAUCGGUACGAACUUUGCAUUGAGUCGACUACGAAAGAAGCAAAUCUUUUGCAUCAGCCCUCAGAGAGUCAAUGUUGGCGGCAAGCUUGAUAUCAUGUGUUUCGACAAAACCGGUACUUUGACCGAAGAAGGCUUGGAUGUUCUUGGAGUGCGGUUGGUCGAACGGUCGAAGAAACAAUUCGGCGAACUGGUAACCAAGGCAUCAUCGCUUGUGCAGCCAGCAAACUAUGAAGCUUCCCCGGAAAACCUUAAAGACACAAAUCGUGCUGCUUUAUUCACUAUGGCCACGUGCCAUUCGCUACGGUCUGUUGACGGUGAGCUCAUGGGAGAUCCCCUAGAUCUCAAGAUGUUCGAGUUCACCUACUGGACCUUCGAAGAGGGCAGACAGGAGGGCGGUGAACACGAAGAUGAAGAGCAGGGUGGACUCUCACCCUCCGUCGCCCGGCCGCCUCCCCUGCCGCUCUAUGAUACUGACGACCUGGGCUCGGCUCAAAGACGUAAUACCUCUGUGGAGCUGGGUGUGCUGAAAGGCUUUGAAUUUGUCUCGCACCUUCGCCGCGCAAGCGUUCUUGUGCGAGCAUUCGGGCAGCAAACCGCAGAUGUUUACGUAAAAGGUGCGCCGGAAUGCAUGCGAGAGAUCUGCAAAGCGGACUCGUUUCCUGCAGACUAUGAGGAACUGCUCUCCUAUUACACUCACAAGGGUUAUCGAGUCAUUGCAUGCGCAACAAAACAUUUGAAAAAGCUGUCUUGGGUCAAGAGUCAAAAGAUGAAGCGUGAAGAAGUAGAGUCGGAACUCGACUUUGUCGGCUUUAUUAUCUUCGAGAACAAGCUCAAGCCCACAACUGCUGCUGUUCUUAAGGAAUUGACAGAUGCAAAUAUCGGCCAGGUCAUGGUUACAGGAGACAACAUCCUCACCGCGAUCAGCGUGUCCAGGAACUGUGGUCUGCUCGACAAGAACGCGCAUUGUUUUGUACCACAUUUUGUGGAAGGGCAUUUUCAAGACCCCAACGCCGAUCUGCACUGGGAAAGCAUCGACGCGCCCAAUCUGAAACUGGAUAAGCACACUCUCCUACCGCUUCCCGUCCCGGCCGACCUUGAUGUCUCCUUGCCUUAUGAUAUCACAAACCUAAGCAAUUAUUCACUCGCCGUGACCGGCGAUGUCUUCCGCUGGGUCAUUGACUACGCGCCAACAGAAACUCUGCAUAGAAUGCUUGUCAAGGGCAAGAUCUUUGCACGAAUGUCACCUGAUGAGAAACACGAGUUGGUGGAGAAGCUGCAGAGUAUUGGAUACUGCGCUGGCUUCUGUGGUGACGGUGCUAAUGACUGUGGCGCACUCAAGGCAGCUGAUGUCGGCAUCUCGCUAUCUGAAGCCGAGGCGUCUGUGGCCGCUCCAUUCACAUCCCGCGUAUUCGAUAUUCGCUGCGUCCCAGACGUGAUCAGAGAAGGACGAGCUGCCCUCGUCACCAGCUUCAGUUGUUUCAAGUUCAUGUCCCUCUACUCGGCUAUCCAGUUCACUUCUGUCAGCUUUCUAUACGCUUCGGCAUCGAAUCUUGGCGACUUUCAGUUUCUGUUCAUUGAUGUUCUGCUCAUCCUGCCUAUUGCAAUAUUUAUGGGAUGGUCUGGUCCUUACCCGGUGCUGAGCCGCAAACGACCUACUGCUGAUCUGGUGUCACGAAAGGUCUUGACUCCCCUGCUUGGUCAGAUUCUCAUUUGUAUCUCAAUCCAGGCGGUCGCAUUCCUCCUUGUUAGAGAGCAGGAAUGGUUCAUCCCGCCACAUAUCAACCCGGAGAAGUCCAACAUCAAGAACUCCGAGAACACAGCUCUCUUCUUGGUCUCGUGUUUCGAAUACACACUCGUCGGUGUCGUCCUCAUGGCUGGCAAGCCGUUCAGACAACCAAUGUGGCAGAACUACCCCUUCGUCGCAACAAUCGCCGUAGCACUGGCCAUCAACAUCUACAUGGUGCUGGCGCCAACUCACAGCAUCAAGCAUCUAAUGCAACUCACCAACAUCUCGUUCAGCUUCAAGAUGACACUGCUGGUGCUGGGUCUGGCAUAUCUCGUCUUGUCAUGGACGGCGGAGAACUACCUCUUCCAGAGACUGGCGAGAUUGGCGGGCAGGGUCAAGCUGGGUAUGACAAAGACCCCGAAGCAGAGGAAGGAAUACAAGGUCAUCGCCGAGAGGAUGAGGACCUAG